CCGAUAAAAAUGGAGUUCCAACAAUUAAGGAUGGCUAGAAACGGAAUGCAGCAAAAUAGAAACCCCAUUGUUUCUUUAUAACUUGACAUUUCCCUUCAGCGUGGUUGUUGUGUGUAUGAAUCUUUUGAAACCAAAUUUUCCAUAUUUUGGUGUCUUUGUUGAUAAUUGGAGGAAAGAAUGGCUUGUUCAAAUUGCCAAUCCGUGUUGCCUAAACCAAAUGAUUGGGUGAAGGGGAAAUUGGUCGGAACCGGAUCUUUCGGUACAGUUAAUUUGGCCAUGAACAAAUCCACCGGAGGGCUUUUUGUGGUGAAAUCAGCACAUAUAGGGGCUGGUUGUGAGGCUUUGAGUAAUGAGGUGAAAAUCCUAGAGAGUUUAAGUUCAUCACCAUAUAUUGUUCAAUAUCUGGGGAAAGAGGAGGACCAAGGUAAUCUCAAUGUCUUCAUGGAGUACAUGGCUGGAGGUAGCUUGGCAGAUGUGGCUCAAAAGUUUGGUGGAUCAUUGGAUGAAGAUGUUGUCCGGUUGUAUACUAGAGAAAUACUUCAUGGUUUACAGCAUCUUCACCAGCAUGGAAUUGUGCAUUGUGAUCUUAAGUGUAAGAAUGUGCUUUUAGGUUCAUCCGGGAACAUCAAAUUGGCAGACUUUGGAUGUGCCAAAAGGGUGAAGGACUUGAAGGCCGCCGCGCGUUUAGGAGGGACUCCUCUAUGGAUGGCCCCUGAAGUAUUGAGGAAUGAGCAGUUGGAUGUUUCUGCUGAUAUAUGGUCUUUGGGAUGCACAGUUAUUGAAAUGGCCACUGGAAGGUAUCCUUGGGCCGGCGAAGUGUCGAAUCCAAUGGCUUCUGUGCUGAGGAUCGCCAAUGGUGACGAGAUACCUCAACUUCCAGCUCAUUUCUCCAAGGAGGGUUUGGAUUUCUUGACCAGGUGCUUGGAGAGAGACCCCAAAAAGAGGUGUACUGCUCAGGACUUGCUUCACCAUCCAUUUCUGUCAAGGAGUUCAAGAAGAUCUUCUCAACAAAAACAGUGUGUAUCUUCACCAACAAGUGUUUUGGAGGUUCAUGGUUUUGAGGAUACUUGUGAUUUAGAUGAUGAGUUAGAAAGCUCUCGGGGACAUGAUAAGCUCUCUUUUAGAAACCCGUUCGCGUGCCAUGAUCGAGCAGUAGGAAGCAAGGUAUGCCAACCAGAAGACAGUGCCCUAUGGUCGUCUGGGAGUUGGAUUACUGUUAGAUCAGGAUAAACUUGAGAAUCAAGGGAAAAGUAAACAGAGAAUGUGUUGAAUGUAGAUACAGGAUUCAAAUGUACAGCUUUGGAGUAGGAGAAAAAUAGGUUGUCAAGGUGUUGAUGCAUUCUUUUCCUCUACACUUCACAUGGUUUUUGGUAUUAUGUGUAAAAACUUUCUAAUAAA